CAGUGAGGAAACGAGUCCAGGAGUCUCCGAACUGGGACCACGACGUUCGAGGGACCGUGGCCGGGGUCCUAGGGCCACCUCUGCGCGUGCGCCCAUGGGGGUGCGCCCACAUUUUCCCCAGAAGACAGGGCGUCGGCGACCUGGCGGAGAUGGCGGAGGUCGCGGAGGUCGCGGAGGUCGGACGCGGUCCGAGCAGGGCCGUGAUCCUCAUCCCCGGCCGACUCCCGACCUACAUCCUCGGCCGGCCCCCGAAACUCUGACUUACUUUCGCCGGGCCUUGGAGGCGCUAAAGGAGGCGCCGGAGACUGGGGAGGAGCGCGAGCUUUUGAUACAUAAUGUGCUGAAGGAAUUAGAGCCGCAGGCGCAGGCUUUGGCCACGGAUAGGGUGGGCAGCGGGAUGCUGCAGGAGCUCCUGUCAUGCAGCCCCCCGGGUCCUCUGAGCCGGUUGCUGGCCGCUCUCUUACCUCACUUGCGUUCAGUGGCUUGUCACCGAAGCGGGGCCCACGUGUUGCAAAGUGUGCUGCUGCGGUUGCCCCGAUUUCCAGCGGCUCUUGCCAAGAAGGAGGAGGGAGAUGUAAAGGAUGGAGACGCAGGGACUCUGGAGGAACUGGUGCUAAAGCUGGCAUCAGAGGUUCGUGACGCCUUAGUCCUCUACAGCGGAGACACUCAUGGCAGCUUCGUGGUCAGGACUCUGCUACAGGUGUUAGGGGGGACAAUCUUGGAGUCUGAGAUGGCCAGACCUCGGGGUCCCCAGUCACUUGGUGAGGCAGCGGCCCCAGUUCGGGAAUGGAAACCAGCCAAUUUUGAGGUUCCUGAAACUUUCUUGAGCUGCUUACAAGAACUGAGUUCCUGUUUUCUGAAGGAUAUUUCUGUGUUCAUUACUGACAAAGUUUCCAGUUUCUGCCUCCAAGUAGCACUGCAGGUACUACAUCGGAAGCUUCCCAAGGCUUGUGCUCGUCUUUGUGAUUCUGUAAUCAAAUACUUGAGUACUCGAAACUCUGCAGCUGAUGGCAGUCCCUUGCUGCUAUUUCUGCGGGACCAGACCAGCUCCAGACUACUAGAGCAGGUAUUGCUGGUGUCAGAACCUCCGUGGCUACAGAACCUCUUUGAGAAUCACUUUCAGGGGCAGCUGCAAGCUCUGGCAUCACAUCCAAUUGCCAACUUCCCCUUGCAACGUUUACUUGAUGCCAUUACCACCCCCCAGUUGCUGUCCCAAGUGUUUGAGGAGUUGAGUCCUGCCCUCGAAGCUAUACUGGCACAAGGCCAUACCGGUGUAAUUAUUGCCUUGGUGGGUGCCUGUCGUAGAGUGGGGACUCAUCAGGCUCAGAUUCUGCAAUUGCUUCUGGAGGCAUUCCAUUGUGCUGAACCCCCUUCCCGGCAGGUGGCAUGUGUACCUCUCUUUGGCUCCCUGACAGCCUAUGAGGUGUACUAUGAACUAGAGGAAGAGGAUGUACCAUCUGAACACAAGGUAGAGGUAGCUGUAGCUCGUCCCCUGGGGGAAAUGACUGUUCCUGGGUCACUGUUGCUUCAGCACCUGCUGCACUUCUCAACUCCAGGCCCUGUGCUUCGAAGUCUGACUUCUAUGGAAGGAGCACAGCUUCUGGCCCUAGCCCAAAGUCCUGCUGGUUCCCAUGUCCUGGAUGCUGUGCUGACUAGCUCUACUCUGACAAGAAAACAGCGUCGCAAAGUCCUCCGGCCUCUCAAGGGACACUAUGUGGCUCUGGCCUGCAGCCGUCAUGGCAGUCGAGUGCUGGAUGCCAUCUGGAAUGAAGCAACUUUGGGAAACCGUAAGGAGAUUGCUGCUGAGUUAGGGGAACAGAAUCAGGAACUGAUGAGAGAUCCCUUUGGCCAUCAUGUGGCCCGAAAUGUAGCACUGAGCUCUUUCUUGAAGCGACCACGAGACUGGGAACAGCAGCAAGAGGCAGUGGCUAAGCGGAGAAAAGCCCUGAGUGCCAUACUUGGGGACUGAGGCCUUUGGACCUAGGGGUGAAGCAGUGAUGGGAAGUGGGAAUUGGCUUAAUUUGACUCCAAAAUUCUAACAAUAAAUAUUUUUCUAUUUUUAUUGGAAACAA